AUGUUUGCGACCUCCGCUACGCUGGCGAUAGCGGAACGGCGUGCCGGGAUGGAGCGAAUGGAACCAACCGUGGGCUUGACGAAACAUCGCAACAUUGGCAGCGGACUCGACCCGACCACGAUGGCAGCGCUGGCGACAAGCGGCAAGUUUAUGAUAUCGCACCUGCAGCCGCACGAUCAACUGCCGCACCUAGUGAAACCGGUGGAUCACUAUCCACAGCACACCAGCCACAUCAACGACCCACCCGGGCUUGGAAUCUACGACGGUGCCCUGGGCAGCACCAGCCGUUACGGGCACAAUUUGCUUCGCUUUGACCCGGGUUCGAAUCCUUCCUCACAGACCGGUUAUUACGCCGACUACCAUCACCAUCAGCAUCAGGCGUACCAUCAGCCCGUGGUCCCAGUACGACCCUAUCGUCAUCCCGUGCAACCUUCCCGAUCAACGGGCCACGACCCGGCGGUUUUGGUGAGCGAACGGCUCAACAAUUACGAUUACCGUUCUGAGCGAACUCGAGCAGCGUUAUACGGUGUUGGGACAGUUUCGGAGGCUGAUCGAGGUCGUGCACUUGUUGGAGGUAUUCUGAAGAACAACAUCGGUUCCAGAACGUCAACGACAAGCUACCAUCAGCGAGCUCACCCACUUACGUACGAGUUGGGCAAGUAUGAGCAGUUCAACAACGUGCGUGACACUUACCGGACGCCACUUAGCGUCAAGAACACCAACGAACCGGGCUACAACGUGAACUAUAGUCUCAACUUUACGAAGAAUCAGUACAACAUCCUUAUCUCGCCACCACUUCAUCCGGAUCUUGGACCACGGGUGGCUGUACCUCCGUACGAAGACUCUCCACCAUCGGUCAAACGGAACAUCGCGUCCUCUAAAACACGCCCGAAGUACUACAACCGUGAGCAGCAACCGUACCCGUACAAGUCGACGCAUCACAACGGCACAAAGAAGCAGACCAAAUCGAAGCAGCUGCAGCAGCAACAGCAACAGCAGCAAUCCAGCGAACCAGGGGUGAUAUUGACUGAGAAGCAACUGCUGGCCCAGCAGGAAGCACUCGCUGGGAAAAUGCAGCGUGAGGAGAUCAUCAUCGAGCACAGCCAGCUGAUGGGUGGUGAUGGUACUGGUCCUGGUGCUGUCAUACAUCCAGCAGGGCAGUAUCCGUAUGACCAGCGAAGGAACACUUCCGGUGGAUCGAAGGGAUUGGGUGCAUUUAGUGUGCUCACGCAGGGUCAUCACUUUACGCAGAUAAUUGCGGCACUAGCCGUUUCGCUGGGUCCACUGGCUGCAGGUUUGGGAAAGGGCUACUCAAGCCCAGCCAUCGACAACCUUCAGGAGCUGCAGAACAUGAAGCGAGGCAACUACUCGCAUUUUUCCGUCAACGACCAGCAGGUGAGCUGGAUAGCGAGUUUGUCCCUGCUCGGGGCCCUGUUCGGUGGAAUGUUUGGUGGACUAGCGAUGCAGUACGGACGUAAACGCGUCCUCACGCUGAUGUCACUGCCGUUCUCCAUCUCCUGGAUACUCACCAUGUUCGCCAAGUCGGUCGAGACGAUGUUCUUCACCGCGUUCGUCGGUGGGUUCUGCUGUGCGAUCGUGUCGACGGUGGCGCAGGUGUACGUCAGCGAGAUCGCGUCACCGGACAUUCGGGGAUUUCUGAGCGCGAUCCAGAAGAUUGCCGGCCACUUUGGCAUGCUGAUUUCGUAUCUGCUCGGUGCGUACCUCGACUGGCGGCAGCUUGCGUUGCUGAUCGCGAUGGCACCGAUAAUGCUCUUCAUAUCUGUGAUCUAUAUUCCGGAAACACCGAGCUUCCUAGUCUUAAGGGGUUGCGACGAUGAAGCACACCGCUCCCUGCAAUGGCUCCGUGGACCGCACAAAAACGUGGAGCUGGAGCUCGACACGAUCCGUUCGAACGUACGCACAACGCGUAUGAAUCUGCUGAAUCGCAUUGGUUCUUCGACGACGGGCAACGGGGCCGUGGGAACCGGAACCGGAACAACAACCGACCAGUCAGUACCGAUCGGAGAUCAUCGACGAGGACUUCGGUACUAUAUCGAGAUGAUCUCGUUUGAAGCGAUCGUCUCCAACGUCAAAUCGGUGCUCCGUAACGCUCGCCUAGUCAAGCCGAUCCUUAUCACGUGUGGCUUGAUGAUCUUCCAGCGGUUCACCGGUGCCAGCUCCUUCAACUUCUACGCCGUCACGAUCUUCCGCAAGACGUUCGCCGGCAUGAACCCACACGGGGCAGCCAUUGCCGUCGGAUUUGUGCAGUUGUUAGCUUCGAUGCUUUCCGGUCUGCUCAUCGAUACAGUGGGUCGCAUUCCGCUGUUGAUCGUCAGCAGCAUCUUCAUGUCACUCGCGCUGGCCGGGUUCGGUUCGUGCGUGUACUACGGAGAAGCUAACAAAAUGCUCAUUGCCGGUGGGGCCACGAUUUCGGAUGUGGGCAUGGCAUCGGGCCAGAACGACUGGAUCCCACUGCUCUGUGUGCUCGUCUUUACGGUGGCCUUUGCGCUGGGAAUAUCGCCCAUUUCGUGGCUGCUUGUGGGAGAACUUUUCCCCCUGGAAUACCGAGCCGUGGGCAGCUCCAUCGCUACCAGCUUCAGCUACUUCUGCGCCUUUCUCAGCGUCAAAACGUUCGUGGACUUCCAGAGUUUCCUAGGCCUUCACGGUACAUUCUGGCUGUACGCGUGCAUAUCCUGUGUGGGGCUGUUCUUCGUCAUCAUGGUCGUGCCGGAAACCAAGGGCCGCGAUCUGGAGGAGAUGGACCCGCGUUACGUGCGAACGUUGACGAUCAAUCGAUGA